ACGACUGAUCUUCACGUCUUCUCGCGUGUUAUCGUCAGGGCUCUGGAUUUAAGUGACACGAUGGCAGAAAGACGGAUCCUGUGACCAAGAGGACACACACACACACACACACACACACACACACGAACAAACCGAAACACAACACACCAGUAAGAUCAGGAGCCACUGGAUACUCGAUUAGGGUGAAGAUGCCGAUCGACAGGCAGCGGAUGCGUCCGUGGCUCGAGGAGCAGAUAAACAGCGGUAAAAUCCAGGGCCUGAUCUGGGUCAAUAAGGAGGAAAAGAUAUUCCAGAUCCCGUGGAUACACGCCGCCCGGCACGGCUGGGAAUUGGAUAAAGACGCUCCGCUCUUUAUGAACUGGGCCGUUCACACAGGAAAAUACCAUCCUGGAGUGGACAAACCUGACCCGAAGACAUGGAAGGCAAACUUCCGCUGUGCCAUGAACUCCUUGGCGGACAUAGAGGAAGUAAAAGAUAAGAGUAUGAAAAGUGGAAGCAAUGCAUUCAGGAUGUAUCGCAUGCUUUCUCCGUCAGAAAGAGCAGUCAAGAAAGCAAAGAAGAAAAAGAUGGAACGGGAUGCGAAAGCGAAAGGCCCUGUACAGAGACGGAAAGCUAAGAACAGCGAGCCGGAGAGAGAGUUGGAGUCGAAGGAAGACACGCUGCCGGACAGCACUGUAGCAUUAACGGAACCGGACCGAAACCCGGAUCUCAGCUCGCCGAGUAAGACCACGAUGAGUUACCUCCCAGACGUCUGCGCUGUUGUGGAGGUCACCACUGAGAACGAGGAGUCAGCAGUCAGCUCCACGCAGAUCCCAUACAGCUUCCAGAUCUCCCCCGUGUCGUGUUACGCUGAGAGCGACACUGAGAACACACACAGUGGGGAAGAGUCAGAGCCUCAGGACCUGUCCAUCGGUUCGAGGCAGUCGUGCUCCUCGGUACUCAGGAUCGCUCCCGGCUCUGUGGACAAAUCGCUGUCGUUCAGCUCAGAAAAGACGAACUUUUGGGUGACGAGCUGCCGAGAGGACUCUCCCAUGAUCAGCUACGAGGCGGAGCCGUGGCGCCCGUUCCUCCCUACCCUCACCUUCGAUUUCAGCGCCAGCUCCACGUCUCGUGCCAGCGUUAUCAUGAAAGCCGUGGACCUUUCCUCCAAAAAGACGUAGAACGGCGAUUUCGCUGCUAAACAGCCGCACCGGUGUCGUUUUUUUACUCCGCGUGCAUCCCUGGACAGGCGCGGUGAAGCCCCUCCCCCCCACCCCCCGGUGCUGUAUUCAAUCCCUGGGAGCAUACAAGGUGUACUUUUCUCUGAAUGUAAGGCCAUGCAAAGUUAAAAGCUAGUCGAGUCGCCGACCCACAAAACAGCAAUAAAGUUAAAGGUGUCACUGGCUAGCGUUAACGUCAGCUAGCUAGUAUCGUUUCCGAGCGGUUUAUUUUCAUCCAAAAAUGUUUCAGUGGGUCAGUGACCUCGGUGAUCCUGAACAAGUCCAUGCAGCGCCUGCGAUCGAUAAGUACCGGCUUUAUAGACCUGUCAGGAGUAGGACAUUUUAGCUCACUGUUAAUAAUAAUAAUAAAUAAUAAUAACAAGUACCGGCCGUUAAUUGCUGAUUAUUUUCCAAAUUUAAUGAAAUUAAAAUAUUAGAAAUUCGCAAUUACUUUUCCUGAUGAUAAAUUGAGUCGAGAUGUCGAGUAUGACGGAUUAUCAUCACACGCCUCUUCGACACUAUAAUGUGGGUUUUCUUUUUUAUCUCGGUGUAGGAAAUCCAGCCAGGAUGAUUUUUUAUUUUUUUUUUAAUAUCAGGAUCGAGUUAUUUAAUUUUGCAUGGCCUGAACCAAAGACAUACCUCAACUAACUAGUACAUUUGGAAGAAAAAAAGAAACAAACUUGUAUAGAAUUACCUCAGAGACUCACGGUUCAUUGCACUCAAAGUGAAGUAUUAAUUACAGGAUCAUGGAUCUUACAUACGGCACAAGACUUCAUCAAACCCAGCUUCUUUCAUAAUAGCAGGUAGGGAUGCAUCGAUACCGACCCUGCUAUCGGUAGUACUCGUUAAAUAAUGUUCUUACGAAGGCUCCAGUACCGUAGUCUGUUAGCAGGCGAUCAUGCUUCGUGACGUAAUCCUACAGGACGUUGUUGCGCUAAUGAACAGACGACAGGAAAUUGUGCAAACUGUUCUGUAUGAACAAAGUCGACGUGAGGAACUGCAACGCAAGAAGCCCGAUAAAACGUCUUACGGCGUUUGAGAUAUGCCAGCUUGCGCUUGUGUCGAACGAUACCGAUAAAUACUCUAACAUCAUAAACAUGGGAAGCACAAGGAGUUCUUCGCUAACAGAACGCGCUAGCAACUAAAUACAAUCUUCCUCGAUGUCACCUGAUUGAUUAAUCAUGCUGGUAUCAAUAUCAAUAUGCAUCCCUAGUAGCAAAGUUGUGCUUGCAGUUCUCAGGUAGCGGUAGAGUUAUUCAUAUGAAAGCACAGAUUGUAGAUUAAUGCUAAACACAUGCUAAUGCUAAUAGAUGGCCUGGUGUAAAGCAAAGUUGACAGACUGGGUUUUAACCCAAACUAACGAUGAUGAAAUGAAGCGGGGAAUCUACGACAGAGCGAAAACAUUACACUACACUACACUACAGUACACGCGUCGGCUCACGUGUCCCGCUCACGUGUCCCGCUCGCUUCUGGACCAGACUGAAGGCUUGCCACACGAUUGUGCGAGAAAACGAUUGAAUCGUCUGUACACGAUAUUACACUGCUACGACAUCCUGCGGUAAUAAAUGAGACCGCCUGUAAGCUCCGCCCACAGCCGCACGCUCUCGACCGCACUCGCGAUGCGCGCUCGUGUUCUGCAGUUGUUUAAAUGGAGAAUAUUUUGUGUUCGUUAAAUGUGACAUGAUAUUUAUCUAACAGUGUUCCUUCGACUUCGUAUCAUUACACACGUGCACCGUUAGCAUCAGUUAAAUAUAUUUAUUACAGAAAAUUAUGCAAAACCGAUUUGCGUAAAGUGUCAGAUUUAACACUCUACAAGUAAUAGUAAUAAUAAUAAUAAUAAUAAUAAUAAUAAUAAUAAUAAUAAUGAUGAUGAUCAUGAUAAUAAGGAUGAGAUUAAAUACACGGUUUCUCCUCUCUUUAAACUGGAAAUGGUGGAAAUGCUUGCUGUCCUGUCUGCCUGUCUGUCUGUCUGUCUGUCUGCCUGCCUGUCUGCCUGCCUGUCUGUCUGCCGGCCUGUCUGUCUGCCUGCCUGUCUGUCUGUCUGUCUGCCUGCCUGCCUGUCUGUCUGCCUGCCUGCCUGUCUGUCUGUCUGCCUGCCUGUCUGUCUGUCUGCCUGUCUGCCUUUUUCGGACCGCGAACACUGAGAUGCGAUUUCAGAUCCUCAGACUGAUCCUACAGACUACGCACGUGACCCAACACGUCUUCAGUUCCCCAAUCACAGUUUUACUUCCUACUUGUAGGGGUGGGGCCACGUGACAUAAAUAUCCACCGUACUUGAAGAUAUUUUUAUAAUAAAUAUUAUGUAUCACGAGAUAUAAGUUUGCUAGCGUUCAGCGAUACAGUAGUGCUGCAUUUUCUUUAAAAAAAAAAAAAAAAAAAAAAAAAAAAAAACCAACGAUAUAAUAUCUACAAAAAUAAAAAAAAUUUACCUUUAAACUGAAACUUCUAGUCAUUUAAAAAAAAUGAAUAAAAAGUACUAAAAAGGUUCAGAGGAAAAUUUUUAUGUCAACUCGGCUGCUUCCAGAGUUUGUAAUUGCUAUUUUUACCAAAAAAAAAAAAAAGGAAUAAAAAAUUUAGAAAUAGAUAUCACAAUGCGUUCAACGAUGGUUUCUCAUCAGAGCAACGACACACACACAAAAAAAACCCAAACAAACGCCUACAAGUGAGAACAUUAGCAGUCGCUAUACGCACAUCUUCUAGCGUGAGCGUCGGUUCCGGACGAUCAUAUCGUUUGCUGGGAUGUUUUUCUUGUUUACGUGGUACGACAGGGAAGCCUUGCUUGGGAGAUGUAAAAUGUUUUGCACCGGGUCACCUUACCAUCACGUCACACACCUUCGAAAUGCUCAUUACUUUAUUACAGUAGAGGACUAAUCUCUUAACACUCGACGAAGCAGACGUAUCCGUGUGAUCGCUGCAGCUCUCGAGUUCUCAUGUAGUACACGGUUAGGUGUUUUUCCUGCACACACACACACACACACACACACUCGGCGUUGCCGUGAAUCCGGUGUGUAGCGCCGAGAAACGCUAAACUGUCAUGCAGAAAUGUUCAGUAGUGCGAAUCUUUUGAAGCCUUCUGCGAUUUUUGCAUUCGCAAGGUUUAUAAAUGAUUAGAUUUGUACAUUAGGGUUUCUAAUUGUGGGUGUUUUUAGAUAUUUUUGAACGUUUGGGAGAAUGAUUUCAUAAACAAAAUGAAAUAUGAAUCAAUAAAAACCGCUUCAAUAAUCUACAGGAUGUGUAGCGUGUCGAAAUCAAUUCCUGCACCAUCACAGCACUGAAGGGACCGGCGUAGACGAGACGACGAACCGCGAGGUCACGGGACACGUUCGCACGUUCACACACUCGCUCACACCUCGGGACAGUUUAUCUUAGACAUCCACUUACUGCCAUGGGAGGAAACCGGAGAGAACCUGAAGGAAACCCACAUGGACACGAGGAGAACACGUGAAACUCCACACAGACAGUAACCCGAGCGCAGGAUCAACCCGAACACCCCGGAGAUCUUGUCCUACUAGUUCCCACCUAUAGGAUGAUAAAUGAUAGUGCCUGUAAGCCCCGCCCCCUCCAUGCUCUCACAUGCUCUGGACCGCACACGCGGGGCGCUCUCGCUUUCCACAGAAACCACUGAAAAAUUUCACCAAAAACCGGUUUGAAAGGAAAAAAAAAGGGUUAAUAUAAUACUCUGACCUAAAAAAAUUACCCACGCGUACAAAGUUUCAAAUUUAACACUUUAUAAAUAAUAUUACGUGUGACAUAAAUAUCAUAUCACCAUAUUGAAGAUUUUUUUAAAUAAUAUACAUUAUGUAUCAUGAUUUAUAGAUUUGAUGACCAGAUUCCAGCAAUACAGUAGUGCUGCAUUUACAGCGGAUCUAAAAAGUCUACACACCCCGGUACAAAAAAAAAAAAAAAAUGAAACCGAGAGAAAUCAUGUCAGAACCUUUUCUUUAUCUUUAUUGUGAACUUGCUAUAUAUAAAUUAAAGGGGGAAAAAAAAAUAAGAAGAAUAUAUAUUUAUAUUUUUUAACAUUAAUAAAAUGUACAAUAAUCUAGCAGCGUAAGUGUGCACACCCCUAAACUAAUACUUAGUCGAAGCAGCUUUAGCGCUGAUCACAUUUGGGAUCAUCUUGACUCUUCUUUACAAAAGCAUUUUUGUAAGAUCUUUGAUUGGAUUCAUUUUUGAUCGGACUCAUUAGGCCGAACCGUUCCAAAACCUCGAGCUUGUUUCGGUGAAGCCGUUCCUUUGCUGAUCUGGAGGUUUGCUUGGGGGUCGUUGUCACGCUGAAACCUGAAAUCCCUCUUCAUCUUAAGUGUUUUAGCAGAAGCCUUAAGAUGUUGUGUCAGAAUUGAUGGUAUUUGGAGCGGUUCCUGAUUCCCUCCAGCCUGAUUAAAGCCCCGGUUCCAGCUGAAGAGAAACAGCACCAUAGCAUGAUGCCGCCGCCACCGCGCUUCACCGUGGGGACGGUGUUCUUUUGAUGAUGUGCCGAGUUGUUUGUUUAUUUGUUUGUUUAUUUGCGCCAAGCAUAUCUUUUAGCCGAAAUGUUCAACUUUGGUCUCAUCAGACCACAACAUUAUUGGUUUUGGGAGACUGGAUGUAUUUCUCGCUAGCUUUAGCCGGGUUCGGAUGGUUUUGUCGUGGCUGUUGUUGUUUAAAAAGGCUUCCGUCUUGCCCCCCUACCCCGUAGCCCAGAGAUACGAAUAAUUCAGGACAUCGUCGCAUGUAGGUAGCAAACAUUACUUGCCAGAAAUCGCUGCAAUUCUUUUAAUGUUGCUGUAGGCAUCUUGGCAGCUUCCCUGAUCUUCUCAUCGAUUUAGAGGGACGUCCUGUCCUCAGUAAUAUCAUCAGCUGGACUUUAUUUGGGGUUAAUCAGUCACUGUAAUUGAUGGCAGGUGUAUAUGAAGUAGUAUUGAACAUGAGUUUGAAUGUGAUUGGUUGAUUGUGAACACUGCCACGUUCCCACGUUCCCCCAUUAUAAAGAGUGUGCACACCUAUGCAAGCGGGGUAUUGGACGUUUUGUCUUGUUUUGUUUUUUUCCCCAAAACACAUUUCCGAUUGUUUGUCACUUGAUUUUUAAUUAAUGUUGCGAUUUUAUAAUAAAGAUAGAAAAGGUUCUGACAUGA